GUUCGAACUUUCACAAAAUUAAUGUUUUGUUAAUAUUUUUAAUUUAGCACACAAUAAUUCACAAUAAUUAAUUAAUUAAUCAAAUUCAACAAUGUGUGAAUAUGUGAUUUCGGAUUGUUAUGUGACUCCACCGACGCCAUUUAAGCAUUUAACGAUUUUACUACUCGAUUGUUGGCAACGCGAGUAUGAUAAGAGACCUUACCGACAUUUUCGAUUUAGUCGUCUUGAAUUCGAGGAGAAAAUGAAUAGAACUUUUUUGUUUUAUUUAGACUUUAAAGUAAUAGUAAAAUUUAUCGAUUUGCGUAUACUAAAAUCCGUGGUCUUGAGAGGAGUUUUUGUGAUAGGCGAACCCGAUAUAGUUGCAACUUUUUUAAAAGUUUUAAGGCCGGUUAAAAGAAUCGAACUUUUAUUAAUGCACUUACCUGAUCUAUUUUUCAAGAUUCUUGGCGAAUGUGGUUUAGUGAUGAGUGCUACGAAUUUAAUUUUAGAUGGUACCCCGUUAAAUGAAAACGCGGUUCGUGGCUUGCGUAGCUUUCUAAUAGACUCUAAAACGCUGGAAGAAAUUAGUGUGGCAAAUUGUGACAUAUCACAGUUCAAGUUCGCUAUGUUAGCCGAUGGUGUGCAUAAGUCAACUUCUUUGAAAAUAUUUGAUUGUAGUGGAUUGAUAGGAAAUUAUAUAACGUUGGAAACGAGAAAGAUGGCCAGCAUUGUGUCAUCAUUGAUUUUACAGAAUAAACUGGAAGUUCUUAAACUAAAUAAUUGUCAGUUUUUCGCACAGGAUAUGGAAGUAAUUGCUGAGUAUUUGUAUCGCACGAAAUCGAAACUCUACGAAUUAGAGUUGGCAUGUAAUAAUAUUGAUUCGGACGGUGUGAGAUAUUUGUUACGCGCUAUUGCCAAGAGUGGUACACUCAAACGUUUGGAUAUUUCCCGUAAUGGUUUGGGUACUCACGGUGGGGAAGUUGUUGCACACUAUCUAAGUUCAUGUUUUCAAUUAGAAUACUUGAAUAUCGAAACCAAUAAAAUAGGUGCAAGUGCUAUGAAUCUUAUACUCACAACAUUGAAGAAGCCUGUUACUCUGAAGUAUUUGCAAGUACGUGGAAAUGAAUUUGACUUGAAGUCUGCCACAAUACUUCGGCGUAUCCUCAAAGCUCUUGUUUUACCUCAAGACACAAUUGAUAUUACUUCAAGAUAUGACGGUUCUUUCGAUAAUUUCAGAGUGGUUCCUUAUUUUUAGUAUGGGUAGAAUUUAUUUUAAA